GACCACCCAUUAAUCUAGCCCAUUGCAAUUCUUAUCAAAUAUUAAGAAUACCGGAGUUGUGGCAUGUUGACACCUUGCAUCACUAUCACUGUCUUCACGUUCUCUAAACGACUCCAUCGGAAGCCAAAAUUAUCUGUCCUAAGCCUGGAACCUCUUAUUUUAUUGAGCCGGUGACCGAUCUGGAGCCUCUUAUUUUGUUGAGCGUCAAUUGUUCUGGAACUAGACAUGCUCUCACACAAUAUCGGGCUUCGCCAGUUUGUUUCAUAUUUAUAUCAUAAUAUGUUCAAUAUGUUCGGGUAUGUCAUAUUUUGUGACCUCAUGCCUUCAGUUGACGUUUCUUUUUUUAAAAAAAAUUUUAAUCAGCUAUGUUUUCUUGUUAACAUGUUUGUAGCGUCACGUGUAUAUAAUAUUGUUUUUUUUAAGAUUCCAUGAUCGAUUCCUUUCCUUGAAGUAGUGGAGGGGGCACCUGGAUAUUCUCAAGAGGAAAGUAGUGGAAUCUGACUCCCCCUCACGGCAGUCUAAUCAGCGCUUGUCCGCUUUUCUUGUACGCUAUUGGCAAUCUGACGUCAUACCUUCCUGAUUGGACGGUGGAGAUUAAUGGAAUGGCGGAUGAGGUGCGGUGUAUGUUUUGCAUCGCAUUGGACUCGGAUCGUCCUUUUCGAAGGCGACGGCUCUCGCUUACGUUGCAACCAGAGACUGUCGCAUCCUUGUCAGAGAUACCGAAAAUAAAACGAAGUCGUUCAUUUUUAUUUAACCGCAUCUCGUUUCAGUGGCUGUCUGGAGCUUGCAAGCCGAGAACUAAAGAAGGGGAUGAGAGAGGAUGGAGAUAGUGGGAUGGAGGGCACUUUCGCUGCUGGCUUUGCUCGCUUCCAUCCUCGUUCUUUACAUUAAAACCCCUUCCAAGCAAAUGGAGAUUAAUAGCGAUUGCAGCCUUCUCCCCUACGAUCACUAUUGGAUAUCCAGCAAACGCAUCGUUACACCACAAGGUGUCAUCACGGGUGCAGUUGAGGUGAAAGGAGGAAUAAUUGUUUCGGUGGUCCAAGGAGAUGACCUGCAAGGCUCGUUCUCUAGGGCACAUGUGGUGGAUUACGGAGAUGCUGUUAUCAUGCCUGGUUUGAUUGAUGUCCAUGCACACCUUGAUGAGCCCGGAAGGGUUGAAUGGGAAGGAUUUUAUUCAGGGACUAAAGCAGCUGCUGCUGGUGGCAUAACAACAUUGAUUGACAUGCCUCUCAACAGCUUUCCUUCUACAGUAUCUGAGGAAACACUUAGACUCAAGGUCGAGGCAACAGAGAAGAAAAUUUAUGUUGAUGUUGGUUUCUGGGGAGGUUUGGUUCCAGAAAAUGCCUUUAAUACAAGUGCAUUGCAGGGUCUUCUAAAUGCAGGUGCACUUGGUCUGAAGUCUUUUAUGUGUCCUUCAGGAAUAAAUGAUUUUCCAAUGACAAAUUCAACGCAUAUCAAGGAGGGGUUGUAUGUAUUGGCAAAGUACAACAGGCCCUUACUUAUCCAUGCAGAGAUUGUUUUGGAUUCUGAAAUGAAGGUAGAGAUGAAUGAUGGUGGUUCAGAUGCUCGGUCCUAUGCAACAUACCUUAAGACCAGGCCACCAUCAUGGGAGGAAGCAGCCAUUAGAGAGUUGCAAGAGGCAAUGCAAGAUACAAAGUUCGGUGGUCGUGCGGAAGGAGCUCAUGUUCAUAUUGUCCAUUUGUCAGAUGCAAAAGCUUCACUACAUCUGAUCAAGGAUGCAAAAAGCAGUGGUGCUAGUGUGACUGUAGAAACUUGCCCCCAUUACUUGGCAUUUGCAGCUGAAGAAAUUGCUGAUGGGGAUACACGCUUUAAGUGCGCUCCACCUAUACGUGAUGCAGUCAAUAGGCAAAAACUAUGGGAGGCUCUGAUGGAGCAACAUAUAGAUAUGUUAAGUUCGGAUCAUUCACCAUCAGUACCAGAUCUCAAACUCUUUGAUGAAGGUGACUUUCUAAAAGCAUGGGGUGGGAUUUCAUCUUUGCAGUUUGUUCUUCCUGUGACAUGGUCUUAUGGACGAAAAUAUAGGAUUACCUUGACUCAGUUAGCUACUUGGUGGAGCGAGAGGCCAGCAAAGCUUUCAGGUCAAAUCCAUAAGGGGGCCAUUGUGAGAGGAAACCAUGCAGAUUUGGUUGUAUGGGAGCCUGAAGUGGAGUUCGAACUCGAUGAGAACCAUAAAACAUACCAUAAGCAUCCGACUAUUUCACCCUACAUGGGCAUGAGACUGUCUGGAAAGGUAUUGGCAACUUUUGUGAGAGGGAACAUUGUAUAUGGCAGGGGAAAGCAUGCCCCAGAAGCUUGUGGUGUUCCAAUACUUGCAAAAAUAAUGUUCGAUUGCUUCAUACCCGUCAAAAAACUCCCAAAUCUCUUUUUCCCUCCCUAUUUGACCAUUUCUGUCCCUCCCAAAUCUAGGGUUUCAACGCCCACAUCAAUCAGAGCUUCAAAUCUCUCUGAUAAUAAGAUCGGCUUAAGUUCCUUCGGCACCGGAAUUAGGGAUGCCAACGCCUCCCAGGAGAAAGCCGGGAGCUUUGGGCUCUCAAAUGACCUUCACAAGCCGAGAAAUGAAGCUGGGGUUUCCGAGGUUCUUCGCGAGGAGCUCCGGAAGGAGACGGAGGAAGCCCUGGAAUGGAGCUUGGUGUGCUCACAAGUCUGCGCCUUUGUCUCUACGAGUGCUGGUAAAGCUCUGUGCCGGAGCGGGAGUCUUCCGAUUGGUCGAGAUCGUGAAGAGAGCCUGAAGCUCUUGGAUCAGACGGCGGCGGUCGUGCUCCUUCCGCAGCCGUUGGAUUUUUCUGGGAUCGAUGAUGUGUCCGAGAUUGUGAGGUUGGCAGUUGAUGGACAGCUGCUCACCAUUAGGGAGCUCUGUGCCGUGGAGCGGAGUCUCCGGUCUGCAAGAAGGGUGUUUGAACAGCUGGAGCAAGUUUCGGCCGCUGCAGAGUCUCCUGAUAGGUUGGCUCCUCUCCUUGAUAUACUCCAAGAUUGUGAUUUCCUUACAGAUAUAGCAAACAAGAUCGGAUUUUGUAUUGACUGUACUCUCUCUGUAGUUCUGGAUCGAGCUAGUGUGAAGUUGGAAUCUGUUAGGUUGGAAAGGAAGCAGAACAUGGAGAGACUGGAGUCUUUGUUGAGGGAAAUAUCCAUGAAUGUUUUCCAGGCUGGUGGCAUUGACAGUCCUCUGAUUACCAAGCGUAGGUCAAGAAUGUGUAUUGGUAUUAAGGCUUCUCACAAGUCUCUACUUCCUGAAGGUAUUGUUCUAAGUUCCAGUAGCUCGGGAGCAACAUAUUUUAUGGAGCCAAGAGAUGCUGUUGAGCUGAACAACAUGGAAGUUAGGCUUUUGAAUGAUGAGAAAGAUGAGGAGCUUGCUAUUUUGGGUUUCCUAUCUUCCGAAAUUGCAUGCUCAGAAACAAAGUUCAGGCUUUUGAUGGAAAAGAUUCUGGAGUUGGAUCUUGCUUCUGCCAGGGGUGCUUAUGCCCUGUGGAUGAAUGGUGUGCGCCCAGUUUUCAGCGAGGGCCAUCAAAUUAUCAAGUCAAGUAUAUCUGCGGACUCUCUGUCAAUAGAUAUUCAAGGUAUUCAACAUCCUUUGCUCCUUCAGCCUUCACUUAGAAGUUUGUCAUCUAUUUCAAUACCAGAAGCUGGGAGCUCAGAAAUGUUGAAUAGGAGAGAUGGGCUGAUGGAGUCUGAAGAUUUGCCCGAAGCUGAAACACCAGUACCCAUAGACGUCAGGAUUGGAUAUACCACAAAGGUGCUUGUGAUCUCUGGACCGAACACUGGAGGUAAAACUGCGACUAUGAAAACCUUGGGUUUGGCAGCACUAAUGUCUAAGGCUGGUAUGUUUUUGCCAGCUAGAGGUAGGCCAAGACUUCCAUGGUUCGACCAGAUUCUUGCUGAUAUUGGUGAUCAUCAGUCACUGGAGCAUAAUCUCUCAACCUUUAGUGGGCAUAUAUCACGCAUCUGCAAGAUAUUGGAAGUUGCUUCAAAUGAUUCACUUGUUCUCAUUGAUGAGAUUGGUAGUGGUACCGACCCUUCAGAAGGUGUGGCUCUUUCCACCAGCAUUAUGCAGCACCUUGCUGGUUGUGUCGAUCUAGCUGUUGUGACUACCCAUUUUGCGGACUUAAGCCAUCUGAAGGAUGGCGAUUCUCGAUUUGAAAAUGCUGCUAUGGAGUUUUGUGUGGAAAGCUUGCAGCCUACAUAUCGCAUAUUGUGGGGAAGUACUGGUAAUUCCAAUGCUUUGAGUAUUGCUAAGUCAAUUGGCUUUGAUCAGAAGGUGCUGGACCGUGCACAAGAAUGGGUUGAGAGGCUAGCCCCUGACAAACAAAGGGAACAGCAGGGUUUGCUUUAUCAGUCAUUGUUGGAAGAAAGGAACCUGUUAGAGGCUCAAUCAAAGGAAGCUGCAUCUGUUCUUUCAGAAGUUAAGAGGUUACAUCUUGAGAUUCACUCUGAGGCGGAAGAUCUUGAUAGGCGUGUUUCUGCUCUGAAGGCAAAAGAAUCCCAUCGGGUGCAACAGGAAUUAAAGACUGUGAAGUCUCAAAUGGAUUCCAUAAUCAAGAAUUUUGAAACUCAACUUAAAAAUGCAAGUCCCGAUCAGUUUAAAUCAAUGAUUAGAGAAGCGGAGGCUGCUAUUGCCUCCAUUGUUGCAGCUCACCAUCCAGGUGAUGAUACCCUAUUUCAAAAAACAGACAGUCACAGUUCAUAUAUACGACAAAUUGGAGACAAAGUAUAUGUGAAAGGGUUAGGAAAUAAGUUGGCCGCUGUAAUUGAAGCUCCAGCAAAAGAUGACAUUGCUAUGGUGCAGUAUGGAAAAAUGAAGGUACGUGUGAAGAAAACAGACAUGAAGUUGGUUGAAGGUAGCAUGAAGGAUACAGUAUAUUCUGCAUCACACUUAAAAGUGCAGGAUCAGGGACAAUAUUACAAGGAAGCUUCUGUGCGGGCAAACAAAGAUGAGGUUUCUUUUGGGCCAGCUGUGAGGACAUCCAAGAAUACAGUUGAUUUGCGAGGCAUGCGAGUUGAAGAAGCAUCCCAUCAUCUUCACAUGGCCAUUACUGGAUGCAGGUCUAAUGGGGUUCUGUUUGUUGUUCAUGGGAUGGGCACCGGUGCUGUUAAGGAAUGUGCCAUGGACAUUCUCAGAAAUCAUCCUCGUGUUGCCAAAUUUGAAGAAGAAAGCCCUAUGAACUAUGGAUGUACCAUUGCAUAUAUAAAAUAAAAUGCCUUCUAUGAGCUAAAAUAUUUUUUCUUUUA